CAAUCGCUAUUCGCUAGGCUGGUGACCGCUGUCAAAGCGGGAAGGAAUGUUGAAAACUCGUUUUUUGAUUCCAAGUGAUUGUUUGCGGUUGAUUCGCGACCUUAUAAAAUAAAAUCGCUCAAGAGAAUGCCACCAAGUAGUUUACGAGUCGUGUACGCGUUCGCAAGAGAAAUGCACCCUAAAACCAGCGAUGUUUUCAUUCAAUACGGCACGGCCGGAUUCCGGACAAAGGCGAACCUGUUGGAACAUGUAGUAUAUCGGAUGGGAUUGCUGGCAGUUUUACGAUCCAGAGUGAAAAAUGGACGCACUAUCGGUAUGAUGAUCACGGCGUCUCACAACUUGGAGCCCGACAAUGGAGUGAAGCUGAUCGACCCUGAUGGUGAGAUGCUGGAACAGAGCUGGGAGGAGAUCGCUACCAGGCUCGCAAACGUCAGUGACAAUGACUUGGAAUCAACAACGGGGGAGAUUAUAAAGGAAGUGAAUGCUGACAUGUCACUAAAGGCCAGUGUCUUCAUUGGAAUGGACACCAGAUACACGAGUCCCCGGUUGGCUGCGGCGGCUGUACACGGCGUCAUAGCGCUAAAGGGCACGCCCAAAGAGUUUGGGAUUGUAACCACGCCCAUACUACACUACUGUGUCAAAUGUCGCAACGACAACACUUAUGGAACACCCACUGAAGAAGGUUAUUACGAAAAGAUAGUAGGCGCUUUUAAGAGUAUACGUCAGAAGAUACCGGUGGCUGGUAACUACAACACCAGGCUGUAUGUAGACGGAGCCAAUGGCGUCGGCGGCAAGAAGCUGAACAUCAUCAGGAAGACUUUGGGUGAUGAACUGGAUCUGGUGCUGUUCAACCUAGGCGGCAAUGGUGGGAAAUUGAACCUUAAUUGUGGUGCUGACUUCGUGAAAAUGUCCCAGAAGCCUCCGGUGGGAGUGGAACAUGUGCCCUUCCAGAGAGUAGCGUCGCUCGACGGGGAUGGCGAUAGGAUCGUAUAUUAUUAUUUGGAUGACAAGAAUGAAAUGCAGCUGUUGGACGGCGACCGUAUCGCUACACUGCUCGCGGGCUACAUAGCGGAGUUGUUGAAGGGCUGUGACGUCACUCACCUGAGGAUGGGGCUCGUGCAAACAGCCUAUGCCAAUGGUGCCUCCACGCAAUAUAUCACGCAGGACUUGAAAGUUCCGGUGACGUGUGUAAAGACGGGCGUGAAGCAUUUGCACCACGCGGCAUUAUCGUAUGAUAUUGGAGUCUACUUCGAGGCCAAUGGACACGGCACGGUCGUCUACAGCGAUCUGACCAAGUCUACAGUCUCCAGGAUCGCGCAGGAAGGUGACGCAGAGCAGCGCAAGUCAGCUCAACUACUACUAGAUCUGAUAGACAUGACGAACGAGACAGUGGGCGACGCCAUAUCAGACCUGUUCCUGGUCGAGAGCGUCCUGUGCGCGAGAGGACAUGACGUCACACAGUGGAUGCAGACCUACCGAGAUCUGCCCUGCAGACAGCUUAAAGUUACUGUUGAGAACCGCAACGCAAUAUCAACGACAGACGCUGAACGUAAUUGCACCGCUCCCGAAUCACUCCAGUGUAAAAUAGACGAACUCGUCUCCAAGUAUGAGAGUGGCAGGUCAUUUGUCCGUCCCUCUGGCACCGAAGACAUCGUGAGGGUCUACGCAGAGGCUGAUACCCAGCAGAAUGCUGAUAGAUUAGCAGCAGAAGUAUCGCAAGCUGUUUAUGACUUAGCCGGCGGGGUAGGUGAUCGACCGACGGUGCCUGCCUAAUGUAACAGAUCUGACUAUACUUAUAUACAGAGAAGUAGUGCAAUGUUUGAUUAUUGCGGUUGAAACGAAUUAAUAUCACCACUCGAUUUAAUUGUGUUUUAGAUUAGAAAUAUUAUUGCGAAUUUUUAUUUUAUUAUGAUGGACAUCUUUUCACUUAAAUUGACAUGUUUUUGGUUUGAUUGGAACGUAAAGACUUUUAAGCAAAACCAACCAGACAAUACAAACAUGUAAACAGUUCAAAUUAAUUUUAACUGCACGAUCCCUCGUGAGUUACAUCGAAAUUUAUAAAUAGGAGUUCUCCUGGUAAUUGGUAAAACUAUAAACUUUCCUGUUUAUUUGGUGACACGAGCCUGUACUAAGGAAGUUGCGAGAUAUUCCCAAUACAAGUGUCCUAAGACAACUUACUGGGAAGUCUCAACCACUAAAAUGUAUAUUUACCAGUGGGAGGCUCCUUUGCACAGGAUGCCGGCUAGAUUAUGGGUACCACAACGGCGCCUAUUUCUGCCGUGAAGCAGUAAUGUGUAAGCAUUACUGUGUUUCGGUCUGAAGGGCGCCGUAGCUAGUGAAAUUACUGGGCAAAUGAGACUUAACGUCUCAUUAUUAGGGCAGGGCGUAUCAAUUACCAUCAGCUGAACGUCCUGCUCGUCUUGACCCUUAUUUUCAUAAAAAGUUUAUUUGUACGUCGUCGCCUGUAGACCGUGGGAUUGCCAAAUCGAAAGCACCAUACGACAACGCAUAACUGAAAAUCAACUGUGCCGUAUGGCACACUAUUCCCUCACCCAGUUUUUACUCUUAUUUUGAUUGUUUGGUGUUCUAUUUUCCUAUAAACUUAUUAACCAAUGAAAUCUGAGAGAGAUAUUUUUUGAGAUUGUUUAAAUUUGCUACACCAAGGUCGUUCAAGGUCAAGGUCACUUUCUAAUUUCACUGUGUCUCUCAUUGUGUCAUGUGUCUCCUUCGCUGUUAGUAGUUGAUACUUAACAGCGAUACAAUUAAAAUAUUAUUUUUAAUCAAUUGUAUUUUUUUUUAGUCUGGUUGGCAGAGCUUUAGUCAAAUAUUGCUAGUCGUUACUUGUUUAAUUAUAUUUUUUCUAAUAAUAAAUAAAUAUAUAUACAUAUUUUGCAUAUUAAAUAGCUAAUUCGAGUUAAAAAUUGCAUUUAUUGUCAUUCCAGAACAAUAAUUAUUAUGCGACUGAAACCUAAUGACAGAAUUUCUUUAUAUUUCAUCUAACAGACUGCAUUUGGUAAACUAAAAAAGUGAUUUAAAUAUGUAAAUAACCUGAAUAGUUUUAAGAAUUCUUUAUUGGUAAUAAUAUAAAUAAUGCUUUAUUCAAUAAUAAAUCGAUUAUAUAAAUAGAUUGUAUAGAGUCAUAUAAAAUGGUACAAAAACCGUAAUAAAAUAGGUUUUAAUGUUGUGAUCUUUUUCUAUUAUUCUAAAAUGUGAACACUGCCUUAGCUCUAUUUACACACUUAUAAUACCUAUUUGUCUCCACAUAAAUUAUAUACAAAAAAUAUUGUGUGUAACACAAUAGUAUAUUUUACACUGUCAUAAAACUUAUAUUAUGCCUAUUUGCACAGAAUUAUAUCAACUAAAAGUAGUGUCUACGACAGAUAUGUAUGUAUAAAUUUACAAUAAUUAUUGUGUUUUGUAUAAGAUAUCAAUAUAUAUAUAUAUAUAUAAUAAAAUCGUAAUAAAGUUGAAACUGUACAUUUAAGAUUUUCUUUAAAAAAUGCGUGCUGUUUGUUCUACAAAUCCUGAAUUUUGUCUUUUUGUCCAUUAGUCUGUAUGUUCGGACAAAAUGCAAAAACUACCGAAUAGAUUUAAAUGUAAUUUUGCCGAGACUAUCUGUUAGCCUAUAUAUUAUCACGUUAGAUGUAGACUACACGGACGAGUAUAAAAAGAAGGACUCCGCGCCGUGAUAGUAGUAAGUGAAGCACCGUUAUGCUAGUGUGUGUGGGGUUACGGGGGAUACUUUACACAAUCUUUUCUCCCUUAAAUAAUCAUAUAUGGCCACAAAUAAUUAUAUAGUAUCGUUUUUACACUUUUUCACAACGCACGAGGGCAUUUUGAAAAUAUUUUAUUGAGACGCAAACUGAUCUGUCACAGACGAUGACAAUUCUCAUAAGGCCGCCUAUCGGCCUGUAGUAGUGUAAGUGUGUGCGUGGGGCUAUGUAUUUACACGUUAAUCGGCUUAACCAACCUUACAUGAGUAAGGUGACACGGAGUCCUUAUUUUUUUACUAGUCCGUGGCAGACUACAGUAUUUUUGAUGCUUUAUGGCGGACAUACAGAUAUCGAGCGACUCGAAUACAAUUUUAAACAAUUAUUUCAAUUAUUUUAAAAAUACUUAUUACAUUAUCAUUAUGAAAAAUGUUGUAACUGCCAUUGAGCCAUUAACAGUUAUAUAGAAAGUAAUGUGUGUAACAUAGUUUUUAAAUUAUUAACACGGUUGAUAAAAUAAUAACACUAAAACAAUAAUUUGAUUAUUAACAGCAUUAAAUUAUUUUAGGUUUCUAUGAUUACCUACUGUAAAGAUAAAAUAUAUAUUUUAUUGAAUUUAAGCUACAACCUGAGAGUUGAACAAAGCAUACAAGAUUUUAUGACGAUACGGCUCAGUUGGAAAGAGCGCUCGCACGGAACGCGUGAGGUCGCGGGCUCGAGUCCCAUAUCGUUCAUAAAAUUUUGUUAUCAAUUUUAAUUUGUGUAAAUAUUUUAUACUAAUAUUAUCGAGUAGACUCAUUCGUAUUGAAGUACGUCAUUUAUUACAAAUAUGCGGACACAAAAGUUAUAUGAUUAUUCUUAACUAACGUGAUUCAGCGUGCCAUUCCAUUUCUGACGCCUUUUUUACCGACUUUAAAAAAGGAGGAAGUUCUCAAUUCGUCGGUAUGUUUUUUUUUGUUUGCUUGUAUUUUUAAUAUUGUGACCGAAAACAACACCGGCCUGUUACUAUUUAUGAACAGACAAUGUGACAGCUUUUUAAAUAUUUUUUUGCGAGAUAUCAAACAGACUUCAAUAAUUUGUACUAACCGGUUACAUAAUCUUGGCGUCACAUCGUCGCUUUGUUACGGUGUGCAAAACAAGCAUCACUAUAAUGUUAUUACGAAUAAAUAAAUAAAAAAAAUUAUUUUGUCACUAUCAUAUUAUAUUGAUGUAAAGUUGUUGUAAAAAAAAUAUAUUAAAUUAGGCGUCACUUUGCGGAAAUCCAUAAUUAUACAAAUGAUUUAAGUUUUCUUUAGUGUUAAUUCCGCCAAUAUUUGUUUUUAAAACAAUUCGACACGUAUUUCGCCUCUACACGAGGCAUCCUCAGGACCCGUUGUCUCGCCAAAAUCUGGCACGAGACUCGAAAGUAAAGUUGUUGUGUUGUGAUGCUGAUUAUUAAUAUUAUAAUGAUGAAAAAUCAAUGAAUGUGGUUUAAGUAAAAGAAUUAUUAUUUUUCUGGCAUAACUAUUAUACCUACAGAAUUACUGAAGUAUUAACAACUAAAGUUAAAACUUAACAAUGAAAACUCCAAAAACGAAACGUACCUUACGGUAAUGAAACUGCUAACUGUACUGGCGCAACAAGACAAGCGCGAAGGGGUGAAAGGGUACCGGGAGGGGGCUUUACCUUCCAGCGAGGAACAGAGAUAUUGUGACCGUGUAGUUAACCACAACGGCGCUUAUUUCUGUCGUGAAGCAGUAAUGUGUAAGCAUUACUGCGUGAAAUUGAACAUCUUAUGUCUCAAGGUGACGAGCGCAGUUGUAUUGCCCCUCAGAAUUUUUUAUUGUUUCAAUUAUCUUGAGCGGCACUGCAUUGUAAUGGGCAGGGCUUAUCAUUUACCAUCAGCUGAACGUCCUGCUCGUCUCGUCCCUUAUUUUCAUAAAAAAAAUAUUGGUAAUUUGUUUAAAUUUUCCUCGUAGGUGUGAAGAAGUAUGAAGCUGUAUAUAUAUGUAUAUCCCUCACGAGUAAUGUGAGCAUUUUUUUUUGAUGCAACUCUACGAGUAGCUUUAUAUGGUGCUUAAUACUUUCGUAAGGUUUGGUGCAAUCCUACCUGGUGCCUAAAUUAGCAGCUAGUUUUGGUUGUGCUUUAAAUGUGGUAGAUUUUUAUCCUAUUGAAUUCUUUGUGGUUACAGAAAACUCGUGGUUUAUUGCCAUAUUAUAAUAUAUAUAUAAUAUAACUAGCUGACCCAGCAAACGUUGUAUUGCCGAUAUUAAAAUCGCGAUACAAAAGUACCUGUUGAUCGUAGAUGGGUGAAAAUAUGAAGUUGUAUGUAUUUUUUAAUGCUGACUCAUAAACAAACAAAUUUAAAAAAAUUAAAAAAAAAAUCGUGUGGACCACCGUUUACAUUUAGGGGGAUGAAAAAUAGAUGUUGUCCGAUUCUCAGACCUACCAAAUAUGCACUCAAAAUUUCAUGAGAAUCGGUCAAGCCGUUUCGGAGGAGUUGAAUGUUUAACACCAUGACAUGAGAAUUUUAUAUAUUAGAUAUUACUUUCAAAACCUUAGAUGUAACGUGUUGAAUGCAGCAUAAAGACGAAAAGUCGUAUUUAUAAUUAGCUGAAUUAUAAGAAGAAAGCAAAUGUAAUUAUAUUUUGAACUAGUCGUUUGAGAUUAUAUGUUUUACGGUUGUGACCAAUGGUACAGGCUUUUUAUUCUUUCGUACGAUUCUUGCUCAUUGAACGAAUAAAAGACCGUCUUUUGGCGCAGAGUGCGGGAUUCUAGCGAAUAGUACUAUUUCAUAGAUAGUUUUUGAUUCGUUUCGUUCUGAGAACCUUUAACCAAAGCUCUUUAUUUUUUUUUUUCUCAGAGGUAUUUAUUAAGAUCAUUUGUACGUCUAUCUGGAUAGACUGACAGCUGUGAAAACGUCGAAAACAACUGAGGUUGACAGUUAACCUCUAUUUUGAGCAAUCCACGCACACUAACACAAAGUGACAUACAAAUCUCGAGUGUCAGACGUAACGUAACACGAAAUUAUUAACCUGGCCUGUUUUCAUCGGUUAUCUAGCAGCAAGAGGCUUUAUCAAGACGUUUAAAUUAUCUAAGGAUUUUUGGUUAUAUGAGUUCAUUAUAAAGGGUUUGUUGAAUUAACCGGUAUAGAGCGGUUUUUUAACUAUUAUUGGUCUCUCUGACAUAAAAUAAGAUAUACAACAUUAAUUGUGUAGUAAUUAUAUUUAACAUAAUUACAUAUUGUUAAGAAUUGUCUCAGCUUAUAUUUAAAAUAUCUGGACGACCGAGCCUUGCUCGGAUUUUUAAGAAUGUACAAAACUUGAACAAAAAAAAAACUAAUAGGACAUCUGGAUUUGAACCGGGGUCUUCUGCUUUCCGGAUCACCCAAUGUCCCAUCUGAGCUAUAAUAGUCUUGUAUAUAGUGGCGAAAUUUACCUUUGUAUUCUAAUGAUAUUGUAGCUGUUUCUAAUUCAAACAUGGAUAAAACCAUUUUUUUUUUAAUUGAAACCUAGCUAGAUCGAUUUAUCACCCCCGAAAUCCCCUGCAUACUUAAUUUUAUGAAAAUCGUUGGAGCCGUUUCCGAGAUUCAGAUUAUAUAUAUAUAUAUAUACAAGAAUUGCUCGUUUAAAGAUAUAAGAUAUAAUAUAAUAAAUACAUAUUGAAUUCGUCGAUAUUUGGUAUGAAAUACUAUAAAAUGUUUUUUAAUAGCAUCUACCGUUUAAUUGUAACGAUAUGAUGCGUGUCGCUUAGUAUUGUGGUACGGGGGACGCAGCUGUUGCGAAGCGCAGGCCAAUUAUAAGCUUAAAUACUUACGGCCGUACCCCAUAUACUAUCUACAGAUAGAGAUAAAUUGCUACCUUCUACUGUCAGUAAUUAGCUGUCAAUAAUAUAAAGCUGUCCCAAUAUACCCGAUAAGUCAUUCUUAUCGCCAGUUCACUGUUGCAAUUUCCAUACAAACUUCUAUCGCUGGCAAGCUAUACGUAUUGACAGACAGCGUGUACGGAUAAAAUGAGUUACGGCCGAAGUUUAGUGGGACAGAAAAGUUAACUUUAAUUACAAUUUUUUAUCUCCACAGCCGGAGAUAGACUGAAUAUUGGGAAUGGCCGUUAAAGUCCUGGCAACGCUCUAACAAUUCAUCUGUUUUGUAUCGCGGAAGAAUCUUCUAUUCUAUAUAUGUAUAUCUAUUACAAUAAACAGUUUUUUUCUGGUAUUUAAUGCUCUCUGCACAAUAGAACGGAUUUAAUAUAUGCAUAUAGUGUAGAUGUUUUGUCGACGCAAUAUAAAAUUCAUACCUAUCUAUCUACUAAACAUUGUAAGGAAAGUCAUAUUAUAUAGUAUUAUUUCUAUUUGAUUAAGCAAAAUAAUAACUUCUUUAGUAAUGCAAUUUUUUUUUAUAUUGUAAUCUUUACUGUCUGGUUGUCUUCAAGGAAACGCUUAUGAGAUAUAAAAAAUAAUCAAUACCAUUCUGUUGUCGUAAUAAAUGUAAGUCUUAAUGUUUUAUUUUUCUUUGUUUAAAUCCUUUAACUUCAUUAAAUAAUAUUAAGACUAAAAA